ACUGCACCCACCCACCACUGGCAUCUCGUUGCACCACACUAGCAGUGGCACAAGGCAGGUCGAGUCAGAUCCCCCGGCCAGAAAGCACGCUGUGCACAGGACCAGGACCAGGACGGGCUGCCCGGCCUGUGGCUUUGUUUUUCGCGCAUCACCUCGACUCGCCAACUGCCUCACCCGCUCCUCGCACGCUCGAGAUAACAGCACCCGAGCCUCUGAUAAGCUCCCAGCCUCGCUCAUUCUGCGCCAUUGGGCCUAGCAAUCGCGAUACGGGCUACUCGAAACCCGCACUCCUCCUCCCGACCGUGGUCUUGGCCAAGACCGAGACAUAUUAGACCCCCCCUCUAGGUAGCUAUCAUGUCGAACAGCGGCAGAGACCAGUCCGGCCACAACCCUCUGGACAUCCAGAGGCCGGGCUCGCCGGGCUCCUUUCGCAGCCGCUCCUAUGGCGCCUCCGUCCCCCGCGCCGAUGUCACAGCCCGUCUAGCUUCCCCCAUCCCGAGCCAGCUGUUUGGCACCCCUCCCCGAGCCGAGUCGGUACAUACGAGCGCCGACACUGGUGCCGGCGACAACCUGACGCCCCUCCCCGGCGCGACCUCGUCUAGCCAUGCCCUCGGCCCCGGAACCUCGGCGCUUGCUGCUGCCCUGUCCAACUCCCUCGGCGCCUCUCCUCCUCGCUUCGGCACUCCGCCUGUGAGGCCUGCGUCCCCGAGCGCGUCCAGCGGGCAGAUCCCCCAGUCUGCGACCCCUACCAACUACGGCUCGUUCGACACGAGGGGCCGCAAUGCCGCCUACGAGGACCCUGAGAUCGUCAAGAGACAUCUUGUCCAGCCCUCCGACACCGCCUACCAGUCCGAUGACUCGGGGAGCAGGAAGCCUAGCGACAAGACCGCCAAGGGCAAGCAGCCUGAUACCGGCGACAGCGCUGCUGUGGACGAUGAGGAGUUCUCGAGCUUGCGGCUGCAAGGCGGAGACAUCACCCGCCAGGUUUACAAGUGGACCGAGGGAGCUACCAACAAGAUACAGCGCAGCAAGAGCUUCAAUGUGCCGCGGCCUGAGCCCGAGGAGGAGGUUCUUGAUAUCAACAACAUCAAGGUACCUGGCGGUUUUAGGCGGAAUUAUCUCCGCCGCGCGGCUGGGAGCCCUGCGCCGAACGCAGGGGGUCGAGACUACCACGAAGGGCGUGCCCCGGCCCAGCCCCAGGUCUUUACCUCGAGCUUCCUCGAGUUCCUGAGCAUGUACGGACAUUUCGCUGGUGAAGAGCUCGAGGAAGACGACGAAGUCCUUGGGCCCGGCGAAUACUUCUCCUCGGGCGAAGACGAGUGGGAGAGCGACGAAGACUCUUUGGAUAGGGAACCAAUGGAGGACAGCGCACUCCUGACGCCCUCACGCAGGAAGAGAAGGAGAAAGCAUCGCGCCAGCGGCAAGGCCAGUCCCACGGGCGCAGCCCUCGUGCUGCUCAAGUCGUUCGUCGGUACCGGUGUGCUCUUCCUCCCUCGCGCGUACCUCAAUGGUGGCAUGGUCUUCAGCAACGCCGUUCUCCUCUUCGUCGCCGCUCUCAGCUACUACUGCUUCGUCCUCCUUGUCACGUCACGCCUCAAGGUCGAUGGGUCCUUCGGUGACAUGGGUGGCAUCCUCUACGGAGGAUGGUUGCGGUUCCUCAUUCUGUUCUCUAUCGUCGUCAGCCAGAUUGGCUUCGUCGCAGCUUAUAUCGUCUUUGUGUCCGAGAAUCUUCAGGCCUUCAUCCUCGCCGUGUCGGAUUGUCAGACCCACGUCGAGGUCAAGUGGUUGAUAUUGAUGCAGAUGGUCAUCUUCCUGCCGUUCUCCCUCUUCCGCGACAUCAACAAGCUAAGCUUCACGGCUCUGAUCGCCGAUGCCUUCAUCAUCCUUGGAUUGGGCUACCUGUUCUACUACGACGUCUUGACGCUCGACAAGUUUGGUCUCGCCGAUAUCACCCUGUUCAACAAGAAUGACUGGACGCUCUUCAUCGGCACGGCCAUCUUUACGUUCGAGGGAAUCGGGCUCAUCAUACCGAUCCAGGAGUCGAUGGCCAACCCCAAGAAGUUCCCCAAGGUUCUCUUCGUUGUCAUGAUCAUCAUCACGACGCUGUUCAUCGUCAUGGGGGCCAUCUCAUAUGCUGCCUACGGGUCCAAGACCGAGACUGUGGUCCUGCUCAACCUGCCACAGGACAGCAAGCUGGUCAACGGUGUACAAUUCCUCUACUCCCUUGCAAUCAUGCUCUCGAUCCCGCUGCAGAUUUUCCCUGCGAUCAGGAUCCUGGAAAACGGCCUGUUCACGCGGAGUGGAAAAUACAACCCCUACAUCAAGUGGCAGAAGAACGUCUUCCGCUUCUGCUUUGUCAUCCUCUGUGCCAUAAUCGCGUGGGCAGGCGCAGACGAUCUAGACAAGUUUGUGGCGUUGGUGGGCAACUUUGCCUGCAUCCCGCUUGUCUACAUCUAUCCGCCUAUGCUGCACUACCGUGCCGUGGCCAGAAGCACGCUCUGGAAGAUAUCCGACAUCUGUCUGUGCAUAUUUGGUUUCGUUGCCAUGGCAUAUACUACCACUCUGACCGUUCAGAGUUGGGCCAGUGGGGAUGACGGCCCCAAACUGCCGGGAUACUGCGAUAAGGCCCACUCCUAAUCCUGGCAGAGGCAGCACUGGUGGGAAGGGUUUGUAGGAGCAUUGCAUGUCUGGUUACAAGUUGUUUGUAGGAUGCACAUGUGUACAAAUUGUUGGAUAUUUAGUUUAGAUGCAUGGCCUGGGUGUUGGUGCAUUUCUCAGGAAUAUCAGGUGAACCUGUUAGCGUUCAGAGAUGGGUGGGAUAGAGUAGAUUGAUGAGAUACCUAUCGCCUCCGCAUUGAACCUGACGAGAAUAUCCUCUUUGUGAGGUUGUUAGCUGAAUGGGAGAGUGGAGGGUGUCACAAGACGUUGUCCAUGGGUACCUAGGCAGUAACAUUGCAAAGGGCCCAAUAUAAAAACAUCACAAGUGAA